CGCUUCGACUCUCCCCGUCGUCUUUACGUCAAGGGCCAUGAUCUGAUCUGGCUCCGUUGUCGGGCUUUCUCUCUUUCCCCUCCCCCAUCCCCUCCCCUGGUCUCUCGCUCUCAUUCAAUUCCUUCUCCCGUCAUGUCGUCCGCCUCCCUUCCUAUCGCCGUCGAUCCCGUCGCUUUGGUGACUACAGAAUGUAUCACCGUCACGUCGGCUAUGCGCAAGCAUGCCCGCUGGGCUCACUCCUCCGUCUCUGCCAUCCUGGGCGGAACCACCGUCUCCCGCGUCUACGAUCGUGAUACCUCCGCUCCUCCGAGUCCCCGCAAUGGCUCGUCGACGUCUCGUUCCGCAUCCCGAACCCCCGCCAUCGACGACGAUCAUGCUCUGGCCAAUCGAUGGGGCCUGAGGGGGAAGAAAGGCAAGAGCAUGCAGGACAACCCCCUCAUCUCGGCCUUCACGCGACUACGGAGUGAUCUGAAAGGCUGCAAAGACAUCCGCACGUUCGAUGCUCCCGCUCUCCUCCAUCCGUUCCUCCAGGUCGUCCGCUCCUCGUCCACCUCCGCCGCCAUCACCUCGCUGGCCUUGGUGGCCCUGACCAAAAUCUUCUCAUAUAACAUCAUCGGCCGGGACUCCCCUCGACUGUCCAUGGCCAUGCAACUCCUUUCCGCCGCCAUCACCCACUGCCGAUUUGAAGCCAGUGACUCCGCCGCCGAUGAAAUCGUCCUGUUGAGGAUUCUGAAGUUGAUGGAAGGCGUCCUGUCUCGCCCGGAGGGGGAUUUGCUUGGCGAUGAGAGCGUGUGUGAAAUGAUGGAAACCGGGUUAAGCAUGUGCUGUCAGGUCCGUCUGUCGGAAGUCCUGAGGAGGUCGGCCGAAAUGGCCAUGGUCAACAUGUGCCAGGUGAUUUUCAUGCGCUUGUCCCACCUCGAGAUUGCAGAGCCCUCCGAGGAGGUCCCCGCGCUUUCGAUUGCAGGAGGCGAUAAGCCGACCAAUUUCAAGAUGGACCCUUCGGUCGACGGAGACACCGUGACCUCGCAACAUCCCUCCGCCAUGGGGUCGGACACUGCCGUCCCGGAGCGAGACCGCGGUAGUAGGGAAGAGUCCCCGGAACAAACCCCCAACGGCAGUGCCGUCGCUGCUCCCCCCAAUCCGCAGGACGACGCUGGGGACGACGCCGCGCCCUACUCUCUGGCUUCGAUCCGGGAACUCUUUCGCGUGCUGAUUGACCUUCUGGAUCCACACAACCGGCAGCACACCGACCCAAUGAGGGUUAUGGCGUUGAGAAUCAUCGACGUGGCGCUAGAGGUUGCGGGGCCGGAUAUUGGCAGACACCCCAGCCUGGCUUCGUUGGCCCAAAACGACCUCUGCCGCCACCUGUUUCAAUUGGUCCGAUCGGAGAACAUGUCUAUCCUGACGGAAUCACUGAGAGUCGCAGGCACUCUGCUGCUAACUUGUCGCUCCGCGCUCAAGCUCCAGCAGGAGCUGUACCUGUCGUAUCUGGUCGCUUGCCUUCAUCCGCGGGUAGAAAUACCCAAGGAACCCGGUAUCAACCCGGCCCUUUACGACGGGGUGCCACAGGCGCCCAAGUUAGUGAAGCCCCCUCCGUCCCAGUCCAAUAGUGGCAGAUCCACGCCCGUUCCCGUGAAAGAUCGGCAGAAGUUGGGGCUGGAAGGAGGUUCCCGGAAACCGGAAACGCGAGAAGCCAUGGUCGAAAGUAUCGGCGUGCUGGCGCGGAUUCCGAGUUUCAUGGUAGAGCUGUUUAUCAACUAUGAUUGCGAUGUGGACCGUGCAGACCUAUGUGAGGACUUGAUCGGACUUCUCUCGCGCAGCGCCUUCCCUGAUUCCGCCACCUGGAGUACGACCAACGUGCCUCCGCUAUGCUUGGACGCUCUGCUUGGCUACAUCCAGUUUGUGUACGAUAGAAUGGAAGACGAGCCUUUGCAGGCGGGCUUUCCUGCGCGGGAGGAUUUGAAGAACCAGCGCAAAACCAAGAAACUCAUUAUCACCGGCGCACAAAAGUUCAACGAGGAUCCGAAGGCCGGUAUCGCCUACCUGGCCUCUCACGGUAUCAUCGAAAACCCCGACGAUCCUGUUCUGGUUGCCAAAUUCCUGAAAGGAACCACCCGGCUGUCCAAGAAAGUUCUGGGCGAGUUCAUCUCCAAGCGAUCCAACGAAGCGCUCCUGGACGCCUUCGUCGAUCUUUUUGACUUUUCGGGGAAGACUGUGGUCGAUGCUCUUCGCGAUCUUCUCGGGGCCUUCCGGUUGCCUGGCGAGUCUCCGCUCAUUGAGCGCAUUGUCACGACGUUCACGGACAAAUUCAUCGAAAAGGCGCAUCCUCCCGGCGUCGCUGACAAAGAUUCUCUGUUCGUGCUAACAUACGGCAUUAUCAUGCUCAACACGGAGCUGUACAACCCUAAUAUCAAAUCCCAGAACCGCAUGUCCUGUAAUGACUUCGCCCGAAACCUCCGGGGUGUAAACGCGGGACAGGAUUUUGCGCCAGAGUUCCUACAGGAGAUCUACGACUCUAUUAAGCAGAACGAGAUCAUUCUGCCGGAUGAGCACGACAACAAGCAUGCUUUCGACUUCGCUUGGCGAGAGCUAUUGUUGAAGUCCUCCUCGGCCGGCGAGCUGGUGGUGGGUGAGACUAACAUCUACGAUGCCGAGAUGUUUGAAGCCACUUGGCGACCAGUGAUCUCAACCCUCUCGUAUGUCUUUAUGUCCGCCUCGGAUGAUGCGGUUUACUCUCGGGUGGUCCAGGGAUUCGACCAGUGCGCUCAAAUCGCUGCCCGGUACAGGCUGACGGAAGCUUUUGACCGAAUUCUCUUCUCCCUAGCUUCCAUUAGCACACUUGCCACCGAUACUCCUCCCAGCACUGCCCUCAACACGGAAGUGCAGGCUGGAAAGAAGAGCGUUAUGGUCAGUGAGCUUGCCGUGAAAUUCGGCAGGGAUUUCAGAGCGCAACUGGCCACGGUGGUUCUCUUCCGAGUUUUGGCAGGCAACGAGUCUGCCGUUCAAAAGAGCUGGACACAUAUCAUCCGCAUCCUCAACAAUCUCUUCAUCAAUUCCCUCACUCCUCCCUUUGAUACCAGCUUGAACUCCGAGCUUGAGAUACCCCCUAUUCCGUUGCACUUGCCGUCGCAAGUUGUGGACCGUGAUGGGCGUGGAAACGAGACGGGAUUACUGUCUGCCUUCACGUCUUAUCUAUCCAGUUAUGCGGCGGAUGAUCCUCCGGAGCCAUCCGACGAGGAACUUGACAACACUUUGUGCACCGUGGACUGCGUUACCGCUUGUUCCAUCAGCGAUAUCUUGACCAAUAUCAAGUCCCUUCCCCUGGAAUCCGUUUCGCUAGUGGUGGAAUCGCUAUUGGCCCAGUUGCCCGAAGAAUCUGCGCCGGCAGUCAUUGUCGUGAAGCCCGAGAGACCGUCUGCCUCGUCGAGGGCAAAUGGUAAAACUGAUGCAAGCCAGUCGAAGUACGAUCCUGGCAUGAUGUAUCUUUUGGAGCUGGCGACCAUCAUCACCCUUCGCGACGAGGAAACAUUGAAGACCCUGGGCGAGCGGCUCUUGACUUCCCUGCAAGCGUUUAUUCGGGAUGCUCGAAACCUGCAUUCGCUGGCCUUGUCGCGAAUCGUUUAUUAUUUGCUGAACCUGCUGCGACUCAGCCAUGAUCAUUCAUUCAUGCGAGUGCCUGUUGUUCUACACGGCAUCUCUGGAUUCGAUCAAGAUAUAUUGGAAAGCGUUGCCAUCCCCACCGUCAAGGGACUCACCCGCUGCAUCUCCCACGGGGGUCUUUUGCGCAAUGAGAUCACCAUUUCCCCUGAUUUCUGGUCAAUCUUGCAAAGACUACACCAGCACAAGGAAGCCGGUCCGUUGGUGUUCGAACUCCUCCAGCACGUUAUUGACUCUUCGCCGCCUAUCAUCACCGCCGACAAUUACGAGUCAGCCGUUGCUCUGGCAAAUGACUUCAUCAGUGCCGGCAGUAUCGGGUCCAUUGACGAAAGGCAAAAGGACGCGGUCUCCCGGCGCUCUAAAGGUGUCAAGCAACCUAGAUCAAGUGAGAAUGAAGUGGUUUCCCGAGCAUUGAAGGCGAUCAGUCUCGUCUAUCAGCUCACCGGACGAGUGCCAACUUUGAUCAAGCAGUCGCAUCUUGAAGACAAUGAAGCCUGGUCGGCCUAUUGGUCUCCUAUUUUCCUUUCAUUGACUGCUCAAUGCAUCAAUCCCUGCCGAGAUAUCCGGCACAAUGCCAUUUCAACCUUGCAGCGCUCGCUUCUCUCUGUCGAGAUGAAUUCCACCGACAGCAAGGAGUGGACUGCCAUCUUCGAUCAAGUGCUGUUCCCACUCGUGCUCCGACUACUGAAACCUGAAGUUUAUCAUUCGGAUCCUGUCGGAAUGAGUGAGACCCGCGUUCAGGCAGCAAUUUUGGUCUGUAAGAUCUUUCUGCGUUAUCUUGAUCAGCUUCCGAACCAAGACGCUAUGCUGGAACUCUGGCUCAAGAUUCUGGAUAUCCUGGAUCGGAUGAUCAACAGUGGCCAAGGCGACAGUUUGGAGGAAGCAAUCCCGGAGAGCCUCAAGAACAUUCUACUGGUUAUGGCCGACGGGGGAUACUUGGUGCCGCCCACUCAAGACGCCACCAAAGAAGCGAUCUGGACCGAAACCAAGAAGCGCCUGGACAGAUUCCUGCCUGACUUAUUCAAAGAGAUCUUCCCCGACGUCUCAGCCGAAAAGUCGCCGGUUUCUGCCGUCGCGUCCCCCGCCCCAUCAUCAGCCACCGAGCCUUCCAACGACGAGAAACCCAAGCAAGACCAGACCCCUGCCGACCCUCCAGCCCCUGCUCCUGAAGCUGAAGCCGAAGCUGAAGCAGGAGACGAAAAGACUGGAGAGCAGCCAAGCGAAUCCUGAAAACCAGAGUAACCCUCCUUCUAGACCAUCUUCUCUUUUACAUCUACCCGUCGGGCAUUUAUAGCGUUGGUAAUCUGGUGUCUUUUGCAACCAAUUAUACAUAACAUGUAAAUAUAAUGAUGCUUUUGUUUCUUUCCAUUGCUUGUUGCUUCUGUCGGAUACAACUAGCGGAUGUAGUCAAUGUUUUUCUUUAUCGCUCUGUUUACACAUGUCUCAGUCAAGUUAGAUUUCCGAUUGGUCUGGUGCUAGCCACCCUUGUUCGUUCUUUCUCCUCACUUGUGGGCAG